AUGUCCAAAGAAUCGUUUCUCCAUGUGUGGCAAUCCGUGGCCAUCAACAAAAGCUCGCGCCCUGUUCUCUCGGAAGACGAGCACACGCUCUAUGUGAAAGAGGGCGUGGGCCUCUAUCAGGGGCGGGCCAAAAUCGUCAACCACCAGGACGGGCGGGUCUAUCUCACCAAUAAGCGGAUCGUGUAUGUGGAUGCAAGGCAGGCGGUGGCGGUGUCGCUUCGAGACACGGCGCGCGCCGAACAUGUGGAGCGGUUUCUUCGAGCGUCGCCCAAAGUCAAGGUGUACUUGGCGCGGGGCGGGACGCGCGCGGCGCCCGAGCAGUGGCGCUGGACGUGCCGGAUCUGCCUGUUUCGCAACACGGUGCCUUCGAAAGAGGGCGCGCAGUGUGUCGCGUGCGGCAUCCGCCCGGCGCCCAACGAACUCACAACACAAACAAACACAACAACAACAAACACAAACACAACAACAACAAACACAACAACAACAACAGCAACAAACACAAACAAAAGUACUAAUACAAACACAAUAAGCACAAAUGCAACAAACACAAAUGCAAAUGCAAAUACAAACCCCACAAGUGCAAACACAAACACAAACACAACGUUUGUCUCGGGCAUCUUGGACGCCAGCGUCAGCAGCUUGAGCAGAAACAAUUCCAGCGCCACCCUCGAAACGCUGGCUGCAAAAACCCCCACGGCUGCAAAAGGCCUCGCAUGCCCCGCAUGCACUUUUCUCAACCACCCGUCCAUGCGCGCGUGCGAACUCUGCAGCACGCCGCUCCAGGCGGCCGCGCCGGACCCGCCGCGCUCCGACGCAAACCCGGCGCGUCUCGCCUUGGAUGGCCCCGAGGAGUACACAGGCGGCGCGCCCUACAUCAAGUUCAGCUUCCGCGCCGGCGGCGACACAGACUUCCACACCCACCUUGUGGCCGCCAUCGACGCAGAAAAAUGGGCCGCCUUGGAGCGCGCAAACAAAGUGGGCAAGGGCGAGGUGCAACCGCAAGAACCAGCCCGCCGUACGGGCGGCGGCAUUCUCCACUUGGAGCAGCAGAGCGAGAACCGCCGGCGCGAGAACGAGCAAGUGCUUGCCCUGUCGUUGGACGAUUUGCAGCAGCUCAUGGCGCAGGCGCAAGACUUGAUCGCGCUUGCCACCAGUUUCCGGCCCGUGGUGCGCAAAAACGCCGCCCGCGACCUAGCGCGCGACAUGCGCCUGCUUGCCGCCGCGUGUGGCGCGGUGCGCGCGGGCUCCGCCCUUUUCCAUGCCGAGUUGGCGCGCCACAUGUGCGAGUUUCUUCUAGCGCGCGACCUUUCCAGCGCCGCCGCCAUGAUCACCAUGCCCGACUUGUUUGCUCGCUACAACCGGUUCCGCGUGCUGGCGCAAGGCUUGGCCGCGGGCUUAGUGCUGACCGAGGACAUCCGCACAAGCUUGGAACUUGCCAACCUGCUUGCGCUCCCCGUGCAGAUCAAAAAGUAUCUGUCGGGGCUCGAGGUCGUGGCGCGGCGCACGCUCGAGCUGGAAGGCGUGGCGGCCCGCAUCGUGGCGUUUUUGAAGGACGUGCAAGAUGGAACGUCAGCGGAAACGUAUUUCGAAGGAGACACUGAUAGACAAUGGCGGGGCGCCAGUGUGGCCGAGGUAGCGGCGCAUUUCGGCUGGGCUUACGCUGUGUGUGUGGAGGAGUUGGAUAGAUGUAUAGACCAGCAGUUGGUGGUGUAUGACAGACACGUGCUGGGAACGUUCUACUAUGCCAAUGCCUUUGGCACAUGGGCGCAGGAAACUCGUUGCAAGGUGUGA